AUGACACCAAAUGAUGAUGAUGAUACCAAAGUAAUCACAUUUUCAUCAGAUUAUCCAGAUACUGACUAUAGAUUUUUAGAAGCAAAUCAAGAAAUUUUAGAUCAAAUUAAAAAUAAUAAAAAAUUAGUUAUAAAAGGUUCAUUAACAGAUGAAGCAGUAUUAUGUACAGAUGAUAAAACAUUUACAAUUAGAGCAGGACAUACAUCAAAUUCAAUGUUAUUAGUAUCAAAAGACACUAAUAAAAUUAAAGUAGCAUUACAAUAUCAUUUAGAAUUAACAGAGAUACAACCAAAAUUAAAUGUUUUAAAAGAUUUAUUAUACUCUAAAGCAAUUGAUAAUUCAUUAGAUUUUGAAGAUGAUGAAAAUUUAUUAGGUUUCUCUUUUGAUGAAAUAAUUGAUAGAAUUCAAUCAAGUGAGAAAGAAAUUCAACAAUAUUUAUUAAAAUUAAAUACUUUAAUUUAUAAAAAUAGGUAUAUUGUACUUUCAGAAAAUUAUGAAUUUAAAAUUUUAGAAUUAAUAUUAUCAGAAGCAACAAUCGGUGCAUGGAAAUUAGAUAAUAUACCAAUUGAUAAAUGUAUAGAGAAUAUAAGAGCACCUGAAUUUAUAAUUAAGCAUUGUUUACAAUUAUAUAGUAAACAGAAAUCACCAACAAAUAGUGGUGGUGGUGGUGAAGAAAUAAAAGGUGGUGGUGGUGAUGAUAAUAAUGAUGAAAAUAUUUGUUCAUUAGAUUUUAAUAAAGUUUGUAUUUUUAGAGCAAAACAAUUAUUAACAUUAUCAAAUAAAAGUAAUAUGAAAUUUGAAGAUUUUAUGGAUAAUUGGAAAGACACAUUACCAAUUGAAAUUCAACCAAACUUUUCAAUGUUAAAAGGAAUUGCAAUUUUAAUACCAUCAUCAUCAACCAAUCCAAAAGAGAAAUCCGUUAAAUUUAUAAAUGAAUCAAUAUUACCAACAAUUCCAAAAGCAAGAUUCAAAGAAUUAUUUCAAAUUUCAACUCGUUGGUCAAUUGAUGAUAUUGAACCAUUCAUUAAAUCAACAAUUCCACCUGGUAAUUCUUUAGAACAAUUCAUUUUAACUUAUUCAAGACCAAUUACAACUUCAACUGGUGAAAAAAUGAUUGUUACAAGAUUUUAA